AUGGCCCAUAGUGCUGUCGUUACAGGCCUGCCGCCUCUGGCAGGUAAUGCGCCGGAGAAGACACCAAAGCUUAUGACCAGGGACGAGAUUGAGGCCUUGAUCGCCCAAGGCAAGCAUGUCACUAUCUUCCAUAACCAAGUCAUUAAGAUGGAUGCUUGGAUGCCCUAUCACCCCGGAGGCGACAAGGCUAUGCUUCACAUGGUGGGCAAGGAUGCUUCUGAUGAAAUCGAUGCUCUACACUGUUUUGAGACACGCCAGAAAGUCCUGCGCUAUCGCAUCGGUCGGAUUGAAGGAACUUGGGAGAACUUCCUGCCGCCUAUCCAGGGAGGCGUUUACCGUACACACGAAGAAAUUGAACGAGCUAACGCCGAGGGGGGAUCCCACAAAGACCAAGACUCGAGCGCUCCGUCAACUCGUGUCCCAUCACCAGUCUUCGACGAGGAAGAGACCGCCGGGGCAAGACAGCGAAAGACGAACAAGAAGGACGGAGCUCGGGCGCCCUCGAUAUCAUCUGCUUCUAGCGUAGAAGAGCCAGAUCUUGAUGGCAUGUCGUACCUUGAUACCAUUACUCGCGAACAUAUCAGCCUCGACCUCGACAAGUACCCUCCUCCCGACAAGGAAACACAAGCCACGAUCGUUGCCAAAUAUCGCGAGCUCCACCAGAAGGUCUACGACACAGGGCUUUACAACUGCAACUACAAGGCCUAUGGAAUCGAAUUCAUUCGAUACACUGCAUUGGCGGUCGGUUCAGCUUUCUGUCUCCACCACGAAUGGUACGCUCUGAGUGCCUUUCUUCUGGGCGCCCUUUGGCAUCAACUCUCAUUUACAGUCCACGAUGCUGGGCAUAUGGGUAUCACUCAUAGCUACCUCAUUGAUUCUUGCAUCGGAGCCCUGAUCGCCGACUUUAUGGGAGGUUUGUCGAUAGGAUGGUGGAAGCGUAAUCACAACGUGCACCACGUUAUUACCAAUGCACCGGAGCACGACCCCGAUAUUGAGCACAUGCCUCUCUUUGCCGUCUCUCACCGUCUUCUAGGCAGCUUGAGAUCAACAUACUACGAGAGAGUCAUGGCCUAUGAUGCUGUGGCAAAAGUUCUACUUAGAGUUCAGGCCUGGACUUACUACCCACUACUUGCACUGGCUCGUUUCAACCUCUACCGACUCUCAUGGGACCACCUCAUCAUGGGCCGAGGUCCAAAGAAGGGGCCUGGCUUGGUUAUCUGGUGGCUUGAGAUCAUUGGACAGGUUUUCUUCUGGACCUGGUUCGGCUAUGGUCUGGUAUACAACCUUCUCCCUGACAACUGGACCCGAUUCUACUUUGUCAUGAUCAGCAACAUCACCGCCUCGCCUCUCCAUGUUCAGAUUGUCCUGUCUCACUUUGCCAUGAGCACAGUUGAACUGGGACCUCAGGAGUCGUUCCCACAGAGACAGCUUCGAACCACUAUGGACGUUGAUUGUCCUGAGUGGCUUGACUUCUUCCAUGGAGGACUUCAGUUCCAGGUUAUUCACCAUCUCUUCCCUCGCGUACCGCGCCAUAAUCUGCGUGCGACACAGAAGCUCGUCCAGGAGUUCUGUAACGAGGUCAACAUCCCUUACGCGUUGUAUGGGUUCGCCAACGGCAACCAGCAGGUUAUUGGAAGGCUGGCAGAGGUUUCUCGACAGGCGGCCAUCCUUGCUAAGUGCCAGCAGGCGAUUCAGAAUGGGGACCUUUCAGGCCAUCACCAUUAG